CCCAACGCAGGAACAAAGUUUACCAUGCACGAGAUCUCUGUGGUCGUGGCCGUCGCCCGCAAGACGUGGGGCAUCGGCAUCAACAACGCAUUGCCCUGGAAACUGCCCAGUGACAUGAAGCGCUUCCGUGAGAUCACGACUGGAACCACGGACGCGACCAAGCAGAAUGCGGUGAUCAUGGGUCGCAACACGUGGGAGUCGAUUCCGGCCAAGUUUCGGCCGCUGCCAGGGCGACUCAACGUCGUCUUGACUCGCAACGCGCAGCUGGCAGCAGAGUUGGAAGCGUCUUCUCCGCAGGUUCUGGCGGCAUCUAGCCUCAACGACGCGCUGUCCAAGCUUCCGUCAGCGACCAUCGAACACGUGUUUGCCAUUGGCGGGGCCAGUGUGUACAGCGACGCCCUGCGUCAUCCCGCGUGCCACCGCGCGUACGUAACGUUGGUGGACGGGGACUUUGACUGCGACGCGUUCUUCCCGUCCACGUUGAAGCAGUUGGGGUUUGUGGAGACAGAGGCGUUGGGCACACAGCGCGAAAACGACAUUGACUUUCACUUUGCCACGUACGAGCGCACUCACGAAGAGCUCCAGUACCUUGCGUUGAUUCAGCGCAUUCUGGACGACGGCAUUCAAAAGGGCGACCGCACCGGCACGGGCACUCUGUCGCUGUUUGGCGCCCAGAUGCGAUUCAGCCUACGGGAUGACGUGUUCCCCCUGCUCACGACAAAGCGCGUGUUUUGGAAAGGGGUGGCGGAGGAGCUGCUGUGGUUUAUCAGUGGCAACACCAACGCCAAGACGCUGCAGGACAAGGGCAUCAAGAUCUGGGACGGCAAUGGAUCGCGCGAGUACCUCGAUAGCAUCGGCCUCGUGCAUCGGGAAGAAGGCGACUUGGGUCCAGUGUAUGGCUUCCAGUGGCGCCACUUUGGAGCCAAGUACAUCGACAUGCACACAGAUUACACGGGGCAAGGCCACGAUCAAUUGGCAGAUGUCAUUUACAAAAUCAAGCACACCCCCAACGACCGCCGCAUCAUUCUGUCGGCGUGGAACCCUGCGGACUUGGGCAUCAUGGCGCUUCCACCGUGUCACAUGUUUUGUCAAUUCUACGUGGCCGACGGCGAGCUCUCUUGCCAGGUAUCGUGCACGGCUUUCCCCGACUCGAAAUGACAGUUCGACAGUAUAUAUUUUUUUGCUAGGAUUUUUUAAUACUCUUAACACAAAUAUUGGUGUGUAGAUGUAUCAGCGCAGUGCCGACAUGGGGCUCGGCGUGCCCUUCAAUAUUGCCAGCUACGCGCUGCUGACCCGUCUCCUCGCCCAAGUGUGUGGGCUCCAAGCUGGCGACUUCAUUCACGUGUUUGGCGACGCGCAUGUCUACUUGAACCAUGUGGCGCCCCUCCAGGAGCAGCUCAAGCGGUCGCCGCGGCCGUUCCCGACGCUCAAGGUGAAUGCGGCCAAGACCGAAAUCGAUGAUUUUACGUUUGACGAUUUCACGCUCGACGGAUACCAUCCCCACAAAACCAUCAAGAUGGACAUGUCUGUGUAACGGGGACGAAUCACACUGUGGGAAGCUGGAUGCUUGUCCUGUAGUAGUUAGUAGUGUAGUACUAGUAGCUAGCAAUACAUAUGACGGCAGUAGACCAGCUAACAGUACGAAUCGAACAACACGUAGUUGUGUGUUGUAUGGUCAUGGUUGGCCGACAGCCACUCGUUCUGGACGACUG